ACUGCCAAUUAUAUACCUAUUAACUUUCAUCCCCUGGAAAUGAAAGGGUAUCGGCAGCAUACACGCGUUAUCUGGGUUGGGACUUUUAACAAGCACUCUAUAUUCACCAUAACUACCUCAAAAUCGGCCUCUUUACGACUUUUGGCGUUUUCCCAGAAGAUGGAAGCUAGUGAGAAAUUAACGAUACAGGCCCUGAAGGCACACGACAAAGUCCAUCCGAAAUUCAAAACCGCUGGAAAGAGCUUGAAACAAAAGAGCCGAGCAUCCCUGUUGUCUUCUCCAGAGGAACCAAGUGAGGGUAAAAAUAAGCAAGAGGACGGUAGCUUAAGUCGCCGCAGCCGGACUCUGUCCACGAGUUCUCUGUCCAAAAAGUCGGAGCCCACCCCCAAACGCUCUGGCAUAACUUUCUUUCGUAUAGUCGCCGCUACACGUGCGUGGCAACGUCUAGCUAAAAAGAAAAGUCGACAAACAGCGGUCCCAAGCAAACCGACUGUCCGGUUGGAGAAUACGUAUCAGUUGGAACCGGACGAGGACAAGGUAUUCAUUCCGAAAAAAGCCGAGAAUAUCAUUCGAGAAACAUUCGACUCGAGGCUACAACAUGUCAAGUACGAUUCUGUUCGAAGUAAAAUUCUUGCGAAAGACCUGGCUACGAUCGUAAACAGUAAGAUAAAGGACUUAGAAAUACCUCGAUACAAGACUGUCAGUUCCGUAACUAUUAUUGAAAAUAAGGAGCAGGGGCUGAAGAUAGCGACGCGGUGUAUCUGGAAUACCGACACUGACAAUUAUGCAACGUACACGUAUACCAACCAAUCACUGAUAGCGAUUGGUCACGUGCACGCUGUAUACUAUGAUUGAAAUUGUGCAAUUACAGGACAAAUAUCUGUUGUAACAGUUAAGAAGAUCUGUCGACAAAAUUCAUGGACAUUGAUAUAUACAUGUAUAGAUUCAUGCUAUGUUUUAGUGUUUUAAAUAAAUGUUAGUAGCUUCUA